AUGACCGUGCGCGCCAACGCCUUAAUUCGUCGUUUUCGUCAUCGACAACCCGGACAGAAUUUGGCACUACUGAAGACGAUCCGCUCGAAGAAUGGUAAUAUGAGACUGCGAAUAGUGCCGAAAGGAGACCGAGCUGAACGUGAGUCUAACUGUCCACGAAAGUUGAAAACCUUACAACAGAUUUCUGGGGAACUUGAUUUCUCUGGUGCAAAGGAUUGA